AUGGCAGCGCCGACGCGAGAACUUAAAGCAUGGCUAGAGGAGUGGCCGGCGGUGCGCGAGCUCGUAGACGAGUUGGUGCUGAGUCUCAAGCGCAGGCAAUUGAUUGGCUCGUACGAGACAGCUCGAAUGACGACUCGCGUCCUGUGCAAAGUGCUCGAGACAGCCAAGUGGACGACGGCCGGGGAGAUCCUGGAGAAGAUCCAUCAGCUGGGACACAUGCUCACUAAAGCCAACGCCCACGAGCUGGUUAUUGGCAACGUGGUGCGUCGUGUGCUCUACAUUAUCCGGGAAGAGCACUCGAACGCUCUGAAGCUCUCGUUGGCUAAUGCUGCCGAUGACAGCGCAGUUGCACCCCCCCGUAGCAGCCCCUUCCUCGAGUCAUAG